CUUCCGUCGGUCGUUCCUUCCUUCCUGCUCCGCCUGCACGUUUCGCGAUAUGGGUUAGAGCCUCCGAUCCAGCAGCACCACCUGAGGAUCCCGGAAGCCGCCCCCGCAAUGGAAGAAGACCAGGAGUUGGAGAGGAAAGCAAUUGAAGAAUUGCUUAAAGAGGCAAAACGUGGCAAAACGAGAGCAGAAACGAUGGGACCUAUGGGUUGGAUGAAGUGCCCCCUCGCCGGCGCGAAUAAGAGAUUUCUGAUUAACACGAUUAAGAACACGCUGCCCUCCCACAAAGAGCAGGACCCUGAGCCGAAAGAGGCCACGAAGGCACCUGCGAAAAGCCAGAGCCGGAGGGAAGAGCACCGCAAGGGGCACCGAGGCCACCCUUACAAGCCCAGCUCCCAGAGCCGGGGCGCGCGCGGCGGCCCCUCGCCACCGCCGAAGCGGAGCAGCCCGGAGAGGGGCCCGGCGAGGGGCCCGGCGAGGUACGAGAAGCGGUCUGACAAGCGGUGAGGCCGGGACCGCGCGGCCGCUGCCUCCGGGACUGGGGCUUGUGCGGACGCGGGGUCGGGGCACGGGCCUCGGGCUGGAGUGGUUUUCAGCGCCGGUCCUUUGCGGCGGCGACACGGCUGUCCGCGCCCGGGGACUCGUCUGCAGGCGGCGCGGCAGGUUUCGGCCACUCCGGCAGCGCCCCGCGCACGCGUGUGGUUUCUGUUCUCUCUCGUUCGCCAGUUGGUUUCGAAAUAAAUCUGAAACGGAAACAAAGUUCCCCGAGAUGGUUACGACUAGUUCCAGGGUUGUUUGUUGGUUUGUUUCAUGUGUUCCAAUCGUGGUCAUUUCUCAAGUUUUCUCCAAAAAACAAAAA